GUGUCAAGAUGUGAAAAUUUUUACGGUGGCAUCGAUCGGCAUCCGUGGAGUUUCAGUUGUGUGAAUACGGUUUUUUCGGAUCAAACCCGUGUUUUCCGGUCCCUAAAGCAAGUGAAAACCAGCCAAAACGGCGUCCGCCUUAGUUUGGUGUCCUCCAAGUGUGAAAAACCCACGGAACCUCAUCGAGCGGAGCGUCUAGCAGUAUCGCGAAAACUCGCAACACCAACCGAGUCGUGUCUCCAUUUUUGUUCUUCCUAUCCCAAUUCGAAUUAUCCGGAUAGACCGAGAAGGGCAAAAUAUGUGCGUAUUUUCUCUGCGACGGGUGUCGGAAAUAAGAUGUCUGCACCUGUAAAGCGUAAAAUUACACUCGAGCUUAACCCGAACAAGAAAGUUCUCCCGAAGGAUCGCCCGAGUGUGUUCCAGCGGCUCGGAACCAAGAAGUUCCCCCAGACCGCAGCACCGACCUCUGGCCCGUCUGGCUCCAGCGUCUGCCCCAGCAGCGGAACCGGAACCAAUCCGGAUUCGGGUAUCAACAAGGAGGAAAUCGUCAAACGAAUCGUCGGUUGCGACGAACCUGAACCGGUGCCGGCACCGAAAAUCGUACCGGAAAGUGUGUCCCUUCACGCGCGGCUCAUCGAAGCUCAACUCGCUGCCAAGCUUGGCAAGGUAAUCGUUAGCCGGGGUGAAGCUAUCGGUGUACAACCGGUGCCAGCACCCACUAUUGUGCCACCAGUAAGCAGCAGCAGCAGCAGCGGAAUCAACAGGAACGAACGACCGGAAAGGAGCGAACCUGUCGAACGGAACGAACGACCGGAGAGAAACGAAAGGGUCGAAAGACACGAUCGCGUCGAGCGAAACGAACGUGUGGAACGGAACGAUCGUGCUGAAAGGAUCGAACGGUUGGAUCGAAACGAACGGGUCGAAAGGAACGAGCGAGUUGAAAGGGUUGAUCGCAUUGAGCGUUCCGAACGCGCUGAGCGUACCGAUCGUAUCGAGCGUUCUGAGCGGAACGAAUCGGAUCGCAGGGGAGGUGGAGGAUCGGAGCAUCAUUCCUACUCCGGAGGAUCGCACAAACGCAGCACUACUGUUGGGGGAUCCGAUAGACAAACGGAUCGCAACGUGGGUAGCUGGGAUCAGUCCAGUCUGGAGAAUGCUGACCAGGACAUUCUAGAGCGCAAACGUAAAGAACUGCAAAAAGAGCUCAAACUUGAAAUGGAUGCCAGCGGAGGAAGCAGCCAUCAUCAUCAUCAUCAUCAUUCGUCGGCCAUGAAGAAAAAGGAAACUCUGGUGGUAAAAAAGAUCAGGAAGGUGCCAGUACCAAGACGUUCUUCAUCGAGCUCCGACAGUUCGAGUAGCAGCGGAUCUGACUCGUCCGAUUCGGAUUCUAGCUCAAGCUCCAGCAGCUCUGGUGAUUCCCGAAGGGUUAAGAAACGUGCUGUGCGCCGGCGUGAUUCCAGCUCAAGCUCAGAUGACGGUGGCGGCCCAAGUAAAAAAAUUGUGAAAAAACAUGUCAAGAAAUUGUCUGCCGAUGGAACCAAACGUAUUGUGACGAAGAAAAUCGGUGGUCAUGUCACCAAGAUUCGCGUUAAGAAAGUUGUUAGCCCUGGAGGUACCAGCCAUCUUCGCAAGAUCGCUCGAGAGGUUUCUCCUAGUGGCAAAACACCUACCAAGUACACAGUUAAAAAAGUUUUGGUAAAGAAAGAUAAACAUGCAGCGUUGAUGGUCGAUGCACGAGAACGCGUUCGCGAAAAGGAACGAGAAAUGGCGCUUCGUGAGAAGGCGCGGGAAAAGGAAAAGGAACAACUACGGCACCGGGAACGCGAACGAGAACGUGAACCAGACAGAAGUAGAUCGCCGCGUAGCGCUCACAUUCGAUCCCGGUCACCAAUUGCUUCCACUUCAAGGAGUCGUGAGUUGAAGAAAAAAUCUCCAGAACCGGUAGUCUCGAGGUAUCGUGAACCGGUACAGACGGUAGUAAGGCGUUUGGACAGAUCUCCAGAAAGAAUUGACGAUCGUCGUCGUCACGAGAUGCUAAAAGAUCGCGAACGGAGGGAUCGCGAAAUCGUGCGCCCUAAAGAACGAGAAGAACCUCUGGUACGAUGCGUGGAUAAGCCACGCGAGCGAGAACGAUUGGCCGUAAUCAAAGAUUCCCGUGGAGCAACGGUGGUACGACGCGGCGAGGUUUCGAGUGUGGAUCGUACCCACAUCGACGGGGGAUUGGAAAAACCGGAUCGUCAUCGACCGGUGGAACGUUUGCUUCCACGCCCGGCUGAACGCGCUAGAGCUCUAGCUGCCGCCAGAAGCCCGGGAAAGCAUGAUCAUGAUCGUAGUCGCACACCGGGGUCUCCCAGGGCCAGAGAGCGAGCUAUUCCAAGAGAACGGUCCUACGAUCGACCGGGAAACGAAAGAGGAUUCAUUGAUCAUCACGAUCGGAGAAGCCGUUCCCGGGAACGAGAUUACGUUCCAACGAUCGUAAGAGGUGCACGAAGCCGUGAUAGUCCCUAUGAGCCGCCCCAUACGCAACCGGUCCAGAGUCGAGAUGCUCGCGAUUACAGAGAUCGCGAUCGUGGUUACGAACGGGAGCAACCCGCACAACCGGCACCGCGUGGAAGAGGUGGGCAUGAGUAUUCCCGCGGUCCCGAUUAUCCUGAUGAUCCUCCGCCGCGCCGAGAACACGACAGAGAAUGGGAGCGGGAUCGGGAUGCCGAUAGAGGGCCGCCACCACGUGCUGGAUUUGAUAGAAGAGAUCGUGAGGAGCACCGGGGACGCGAUUGGGAUCGCGGUGAUCAUGGUCCGCCACAGCACAGCCACGGUCAUGACCAAGAUCCGGCUUACCAUAAGCAUUCCGGGAGAAACUGGAAUAAUGAAGAUUCUCACUGGAAGGAAAACGAUGGGUGGGUCAACGAGAAAGAACGUGGUGAUUGGAAAUAUAAAGACAGACAAUGGGAACAUGACGAUCACCCGGCCGUUGGCCCACCAACUCAUAAUCAUGGACCAGGUCGUCGAUGGCAACAGGGUGGUGGUGGUCAUCAAGAUCAAAAUCAGGGUGGUUCCGGUUGGCAUGGAAAACCUAAAGACGACAUGGAAUUUGGCCCCCGUUCCCACAAAUUGGCAGGCCGUCUGGGCGACCCACCGGGCGGUGAUCGCGGACCAUUCCAUAGACAUCAUCAAGGAGGUGGCCACCAAGGAAACAUGUUCCACCAUGGUCGUAAGGGUAUGGGCCCAGGACGCUUCGGAAAUCAGCACAAAUUUGGUCAUCGUAGCCAGCAAAGUUUGAGCACUCAACAACAUAUUCAGCAGCAACAGCAGCUCUUACAACACCAGGCCCAACAAGCCCAACACUUCCAUCAUCCACCGCAACAACCGGGAUCUGGGCCACCUUCGUUGCUCAGCCUUCCGCUUGGCCCACCACACCAGUUAGGUCUGGGACCCGAACCCGAACCUAAGAAUGAUUUGCCUCCUCCACCUGAACCAAGUAUUCCGGAGCCACCAGAACCGGCCCCUGCCACCACAAAACCAACGGAGGAGCCGACUCCAUCAAGCAAUCUUUCCCAACAACAACAACCGACAGCUGCACCAACUGCUGACGAAACUGUUCCGACCUCGACCGAAACGCAACCAGCAGAGAACGAGGCAAAGGAAGUUGCCGCGGCUGGCGCAACAUUACCACAGGUUGAUUCCAUUGCAGCAGCAGAACCGGUCGUUGCCGAAGAUGCUCCAACCGGAGAAGACCCCGCUGCUCCAGAACCUAUGGAUGAAGACAACCUGAGCGAAAUCAGCGACGAUCCAGACGACAUUCUCACUAGGGAAGAGGAAGAUCAAUGCAACAUCUCUGUUAAAAGCGAAAAGAAAGCCGACAAUUCCGGCGGUGGUGGAACCUUGUCCUCCUCGAUGAUGAUACCGUCACAGGUCCUCCAUCAGCACCAGCAGCAACAACAACAGCAGCCACCAUCGUCGUCAGCCUCUUCGGUGUCGUCUUCGUCCGCACUCAUCGCUCCCAGGCGUCCUUUUUUAUCUAAAGCUCGGUACAAGUCCUACGACGACUGCAUCGGCGGUCUUCCGACGGAUUUGUAUGCCAACAUCGACGAUGGCGGAGCGUCGUCGUCGUCGUUUGCGAAAACAUCGUCUUCCUUCCGGCUGACCGGUCGCGCAGAAAUAAAUCAGCUGAACAGCUCGACGGCGGGCGCUGAAAAGCUAGCUGGUGGAGAUCCAAACGAUGCGAAUGCUUCCCACGCCAACGAAAAGGUUGCCGGUGGCGAGGGAGAAGAUAACGUUUCCGGUCCUGGCCAGCAGUUGCACCAAUCGGGGGCGAGGGAUGCGGCCGGUGAUUUGUACUCGGUUCAAGAGGCCAAAAAUGCUAAGGAAGCCGGCAAGUUGCAUGCUAACAAGGAACUCAAGGAAGAAAUGGAUCUCGAUUUCGAAGAAAUUUCCGACGGUGAACUCGAGGAAGAGAACAAGUUCAAAGGCCUCGGUGAUGCAUUGGGUGUCGAUUGGGCUAGCUUAGCGCAGGAAACUCGUGCCAAAUUGAAGCAACCGGAACAAACGUUCCCCGUUUCGGCAAGGAAUCGCUGGAAAGCACACCACAUUUUGCUGGACAUUGGCAUCUCUGUUCGGUUGGCUGGAGAAGCUUAUGCUCAGCGAGUGUUGACGGAAUCUAAGGAAAAACUUCGAGAAGAAAUCGAAGAAUUCAAGGCGGCAUCGGCAGCAGCCGAGGAACAGAAGGUCAAAAAAGAAGCAGAAGAGCAGCUUUUUAAUGGUGUCAAAAUCAAGAAAGAAAUUCUGGAUGAAGAUGAGCAAGCCGAACAGCGGAAGCAGAACGAAUCGCAGGAAUUGCAAGUGAAAAAAGAAGAACCAGACAAGUCCAGCGAAAUUUCGGAACAGGAAGCAAAUUUGGAAGAUAUGGACAAGAUAUUGCACCCUGUCGCUUCGGUACACGUGGCCAUGCGUGAGCGUGCCAGGGCACGGCGCAAUCUGAUCCUGCGAGCCGCUGGACCUCACAGCAGAGCGCUGAGUGCCCGCCGAGAUCUGGAAAUCCGUCGUCAGUUGUGUGGCUUCCCACCGGAGGAAUGUAACGAACGUGUCCUCGAACACCAGUCAACACCGACCAACCCGGAACUGCACGAAACGGUGAUGAAGCUUUUCCAGGCAUCAGUCCAAUCCAAGAAUAUUGAAGUGCAGUAGCAAUUAUCCUAAGCAUUAUGAUCAUUAAAAUGACUAGUAAUAGGCCCAAAAAUGAAUCAUACAUGUGUGAAUGUCCUGCCAAUAUGGAAUCACACUGUCAAUGAUUUAUUAUAUAACAGCAAAAAAAAAAGUAACAAAUACAUGUUUCCUUGAUAGCACCUUACUAUUACGCACUAACGUAUCUCGAUGUUCGCACUCCAGCAACAUUGUGAAAAAAAUUUAAUACAAUUCAGUAUAGUAGAUUUCCGUUCAGUGCAAACAGCAAUUCGAAUAAACGUUACAAUAUUUUCCCUUCAAAUAAAUUUUUCCUUAGUAAUAGGAGCUACUUUUGUCUGUAGUGUUGGUCCAAGCAAAAAUAAAGUAAUAAAGUUUUAUCACCAAAA